GGAAAUCGAAACCUAUCUGUGGAAUAAAAAACCUAACUUGUAAAAACGUCUCCCAUUUUGCAUCACAGUCAGAAACACUUCCUGCAGCUCAGUGAACUCCACUCUCCCACGGACCUACCAUGGCUUUCAAUCAGCAGCAGCCUUUCUAUAACCCAAGAAUCCCCUUCACUGGAUCGAUCCAUGGUGGUAUGCAGGAGGGGAAGUCCAUCAGCAUCAAUGGACGAGUCCUGCCUGGAGCCAACAGGUUCCAUGUGAAUUUACAGUGUGGUUCCAGCAACAAUUCGGACAUUGCUCUCCACUUUAACCCACGAUAUGACAGCCACCCUGGUUAUGUGGUUGCCAACUCCUUCCAGAAUGGCAGCUGGGCCAGUGAAGAGAGGAAGCACAACUCACCGUUCCCUGCUGGCUCCACCUUCAGCCUCAACAUCACAGUCUCCCGUGAUUCCUACCGGGUGGAUGUCAGUGGCAGCCACUUCAUGGAGUUCAGACACCGUAUCCCAUGUCACCAGGUGGACACCAUCGCAGUAGCUGGGAAUGUAGAAAUUUCCUCCAUUGCCUUCCAGAGCCCUAUGCCGGCAUUUCCUGCUCAGCCGGCGUUUGCUCCACAGGUGGCCUUUCCCACCCAGGCUGGCUUUCCUUCUUAUCCAGGGUUUCCAACCCAGCACCCAUACCCUUCGCAGCCUGGAUUCCCUAUGCAGCAAGGAUUCCCUAUGCAGCAAGGAUUCCCUACGCAGCAAGGAUUCCCCUCCCUGCCUGGAUUUCCUCCGGCAGUGCCUGCUGUUCCAUACAAGAACAUCAUCAGUGGUGGACUUAAACCUGGCAGGACCAUCACUAUCCAGGGGACUGUUAAAGCCAAUGCCACAAGGUUCGUUGUGAAUCUCAGCUAUCACUCUGGCAUCGCUCUGCAUUACAAUCCACGAUUCGACGAGAACACUGUGGUCCGAAACACCAAACAGGGGGCGAAUUGGGGUUCUGAGGAGCGCGGCGGAGGGAUGCCCUACCAUCGGGGAAAGCCUUUCACGAUGACUAUCUGUUGUGAGAGUCACUCCUUCAGGAUUGUGGUCAACGGGAUGCAGGCACACACCUAUCAGCAUCGCAUCACUCCCAUCAAACACAUUACCAGCCUGGAGAUCGAUGGCGACAUCAGCCUGACCUCUGUGGUGGUGUAGAGAGCCAGGACCUGUGACUGGUCUUGAUAAUCUUACACACAACCUGGACAACAGCCAUUGCAUUUAUUAAUGAACCCAUGCUAAUUCUGGAUAUUGUAUAUUUGCCUCCUAUGUAUUCAUACCACAUAAUCAUUCUCAUUUUUAUGUUGUUUAUACAGAUAUUGAAAACACUGGUUCUUAAAGGAAAAACCCCACCAAGGAUUAUCAGCUCCAGUCAAUUCAUACAUAUGAAUAAUUCUGGUUUAAGUCAGUAUUCUGGGGUUUAUUUAUAGGUAUUCUGUGUAUUAGUCACUGCGGUGCAAGGAGACAAGGCAAGAUCUGCACAUCACAACCCAUAACAACUCCUGGAUUUCAAUGCACAUCAGACUGAAUGCAGCUAACAAAGUUAAAGUGUUUAUCAACAGUUCUACAGAUAUUUGAAAAGUUAAAGUUCCUAAAAAAAUGUAUAGGCUACUAUAUUCAAUACAAGCGCCUCUUAAUUGUGUAUUCAUGAUUGUUUGUGAAACUUUGAAAUUAAAGUAUAGUGUGACAACAUG